UCCUUUUAGUCCUUUGACUUUGAAGCGUAGGAAGCGAUUACAUUGGACAACCGAGUAGCGUAGAAUCGCCCCCUCUUCCUCCUCCCUCCCUCCCUCUCUCUCCUUGUCUCCGCAACCUUUCUCCUUCAUUCUCAAAUGGGGACUAGUAGUGGGGCCCUCUCUCUUCAAUUCUUUCUUUGAUUUUUCCAAACAAAUUUGAUAUACACAGUUGCAGAGCAGAGCAGAGCAGAGUAAGAAAGAUCAAAGCAAAAUGGGAUUGCUUUCGAAUAAGAUCGAGAGGGAGAUUCUUAAACCUGGGGAUCAUAUCUACUCUUGGAGACACGCCUAUAUCUAUGCCCACCACGGGAUAUAUGUUGGUGAGGGAAAUGUUAUCCAUUUUACUCGGGGAGGAGGCCAGGAAAUUGGAAUAGGAAAUUUUUUAGACCGCAUCAUUGUGAGCUCAUCACCUUCUCGUCCUUCAGAUAAUCCAUGCCCAAGAUGUGGUGAUCAAUCAAGGCUUGAUGGAGUCAUCUCUUCCUGUAUGGAUUGUUUCCUUUCCGGAGGAGAACUCUACAUCUUUGAGUAUAGUGUCUCCCCAGCUCUCUUUAUUGCCAAAGCUCGUGGAGGUACCUGCACUCUUGCUUCUUCUGACUCACCUGAAGAAGUUAUUCACCGUGCUUCUUAUCUCCUCCAGAAUGGUUUUGGUUGCUAUGAUAUUUUCAGGAACAACUGUGAAGACUUUGCAAUAUACUGCAAAACAGGCCUGCUUGUGUAUACUGCCAUUAGUGUGGGCCGGAGUGGGCAGGCAACAGCCAUUCUUGCUGCUGCUAGUGCUAUCCUUUCUUCGCCACUUCGAUUUCUGACUACCAGUUUUGGUGGUCUGGCAGCUGUAGGUUAUGGCAUGUAUUGUUUCAGCCGUUUGGUUUCUGAUAUGGGAGUACGGCGUGAUGUCAAAAAAGUUCCAGUGGAGAUACUUGUUUGCCGCGCUGUCUCAGAUGAGUCAGAGGCUGUAACUGAGAUGGCCAAGGCAGACUAGUCUUUUGACAUGGGCAGGUGUUAUAUGUGUGGUUUGCAGGAAUUUGGUUAUUAUGGUGGCAAUUUAGGACAGUUUGCUUUUGCUAGCCAUUGUUUAUACUUGUGAUUGUGAAUGUGUAAACUGGUUUUCCAUUUAAACAAUUGAUUAUUUUUAAUUAUACAAUAUAUUCAAUUUUAUGUGGUA